AUGUCCGAUUCAAAGGGACUUUAUCAUCGAGCUCAUCUCGAAAUGCCUCCAUACUCGAAAGUCCUUGAGCCAUCAUUCUUUGUACCGUUCUUCGCAUAUUUCAUGUGUUUUCACUUCGCUAGUCAAAUUGUGAAGAACUUCUUGUGGCGGAGCUACACAGGUUUCAAAGCAUAUCGGUUGCAAAACUUAUCCAUAUGCUUCCUUCACUCAAUGAUUUCCGGAAUAUGGACAAUUACGUUUUUUGUCACUCACACCAAAGAGAUGUUAGGGGACCUCACUCAUUGGUAUGAACCAUGGGCUGCCCAGUUGCCACUUAUUUCUAUAGCUUAUUUUGUCCACGACGCAAUGGAUAUGCUAAACCACGAAUGGUCGCGUUGGACCAUGGAAUUGCUGAUUCAUCACAUAGCUACCUGCUUUGCUAUGCUACCUCCUCUGUUAGCUCGAAAAUUUAUUCUGGCUAACUAUUGGGCUUUGCUUAUGGAAGGCAACAGGUUGUUCUUAGCUGUAAAGCUGCGUUCAGACCCCGGAACUAGCGUUUCAGUAGAAUUACUGGAAAGUAUUGGAUGCGUGUCGAUUAGAAAAUACGACUCUAAAAUAUGA